CCAAUGGAGCACAUCCAAGGUGCCUGGAAGACCCUGAGUAAUGGGUUUGGACUCAAGGACUCUGUGUUUGAGGACCCAUGCAUGUCACCUACUAUCAACCAAGGUUUUGCCUACCAACGGCGCUCGUCGGACGACAGCAAGAUCGCAGACUCUCCCAAGACGAGUAGCACCAUCCGAGUCUACCUGCCGAACAAGCAGCGCACAGUGGUGAAUGUGCGGCCAGGUAUGACCCUGCAUAACUGCCUCAUCAAAGCCCUCAAGGUGAGGGGGCUCCAGCCAGAGUGCUGUGCUGUGUUCAGACUGCACCCGGGACAGAAGAAUAAAAAAUCCCGUAUGGAUUGGAGUACAGACUCUACCUCACUCAUUGGGGAGGACCUGCUUGUAGAAGUUUUAGACCACGUACCAUUGACUACGCACAAUUUUGUUCGGAAAACCUUUCUGAAGUUGGCUUUCUGUGAUAUAUGUCAGAAGUUUUCUCUGAAUGGUUUCCGUUCAACAUGUGGCUACAAAUUCCAUGAGCAUUGCAGCACCAAAGUCCCCACAAUGUGUGUGGACUGGAGCAACAUCAGACAGCUCUGUGAGUUUCCUGACCAGAGCCCAACGGGGGGUCCAUCUCUCCCUCCGCUGACCUCUCGGCGAAUGCGUGACUCCCUCCGGUUCCCUGUCAGCUCCCAACACAGACAUUCUACCCCACAUGCCUUCAAUUACCGGCUGCCCUACCCGCCCACAGGGGGCGCACUCUCUCACAGGCAGCGGUCAACGUCCACAGCCAAUGUCCACAUGGUCAGCACCACCAUGCCUGUUGACUACAGCAUCAUAGAGGAUGCCCUAAGAUAUCAUGAUUCAGGGAGCCCCCCCAAUCAGAGCCCCACAGGCUGGUCUCAGUCCAAAACCCCGGCGCCCACACACAGAGAGAGGGCCCCAUCUUCCAACACUCAGGAGAAGAACAGAAUUCGGCCCAGGGACAAGAGGGACUCCAGCUACUACUGGGAGAUCGAAGCCAGCGAGGUGAUGCUGCUCUCGCGCAUUGGCUCCGGCUCCUUCGGGACUGUGUACAAAGGGAAAUGGCAUGGUGAUGUAGCAGUGAAGAUCUUAAAGGUCACUGAUCCCACGCCGGAACAGUUCCAGGCCUUUCGCAACGAGGUGGCCGUCCUUAGGAAAACCCGGCACGUCAACAUCCUGUUGUUCAUGGGCUACAUGACGAAGGGCAACCUGGCCAUUGUCACUCAGUGGUGUGAGGGCAGCAGCCUUUACAAGCACCUUCACGUCCAGGAGACCAACCUGCAGAUGUUCCAGCUCAUCGACAUCGCCAGGCAGACGGCUCAGGGCAUGGAUUACUUGCAUGCAAAGAACAUCAUCCACCGGGACAUGAAAUCAAACAACAUCUUCCUGCAUGAAGGUCUGACGGUAAAGAUAGGGGACUUUGGCCUGGCCACAGUGAAAGCACGUUGGAGUGGCUCACAUCAAGUGGAGCAGCCCUCUGGAUCCAUACUCUGGAUGGCCCCUGAAGUCAUCCGCAUGCAGGACAACAACCCGUACAGCUUUCAGUCCGACGUGUACUCCUACGGCAUCGUCCUCUACGAGCUCAUGACCGGGGAGCUUCCUUACUCAAUGAUCGCCAACCGUGACCAGAUCAUCUUCAUGGUGGGCCGGGGGUAUCUGUCUCCAGACCUGAGCAAGCUGUACAAGAGCUGCCCCAAAGCCAUGAAGAGGCUGGUCGCUGACUGCAUCAAGAAGUCCAAAGAUGAUAGGCCCCUGUUCCCUCAGAUCCUGUCGUCCAUCGAGCUCCUGCAGCACUCGCUCCCCAAAAUCAACCGCAGCGCCUCCGAGCCCUCCCUGCACCGGGCCUCGCAGACCGAGGACAUCAACUCCUGCACUUUGACCUCCAUGAAGCUGCCUGUAUUCUAGCAACAGCCCGACAUCCCCUGCCUCCCUUAUCGAGCCAAGCCAAAUUUCCCUGAGAGGGGGGGAAAAAAACUAUGCUUGACAAACAAAAAGAACAGUGCAAUUCAGAGAGGGCGCGUUCGUAUGUAACCAAACCCACGGCCAGCAGAGCUGCACCAAUGAGGAGGAACCUGGAGGCAAGGGUGGCUACGUUUUAGCGCUUCGACCUCCCUGGCGUCCUGCGUACUAAUCUAGAGGGAAUGAAAGUACAUAAUCUACACCCUGUGUGCCAGUGCUACCAGAAUUUUCAGUUGCACAGUGAAGAUAUAUAUUUUUUUUGCUUUGUCAAGGAAUGGACUGUAAAUCAUUUCAAGACCUGCAACUUCCUCCUCCUGGUGUUUUUAGAAAAGGCCGUUCUCUGCAACGCCGUUCGUUUCAGUGACACGUCCAUAAUGUGCGUUUCAAUGUCACCACUUAUUUUCAUCUUUGCCAUAUGUUAAUUGGAGUUGUAUUGAUUUUAAAAACCAUUAUUAUAUGCAAGCCAUUACUGAGUAGAUGAAACUGGAAUAGUUUCAGAAAGGUAGCUGGUUUCAUAUUUCAGAGGCACAGAAAUAGACAUUUGCAUUAAAGUAAGCGUUGCGUCCGGAGUACACGGCUAGGAGAGAGUGGCUUCAGCUCUCCUUUCCCCAUCCAGAAUAUUGGUCCAUGGUUUGCUUUUUAGGGUUGUUGUAAAAUUAUUCAGCUGUCUUUCUCGGGCUGUACUAUCACAAAUGUGUGUGCACAGCUCUCUUUAGUCUUUCGAUGAUUUGGGAUUUUCAUUUGUUUUGGUCUUUUACUGCUUGUUACAUAGGAUAAACACAUUGUACACCUGAUGAAGAUUUUGUUUAUCCGUUGCAUUUUAAUAAAUUUAAGUUAAAUGCA